GGGUCAAAAAUACAUAUCACACAGACUCCCUCGCGUGCGCCCAUGCAUCACAACAAGAACACAUUUUUUUCUGUAAAACAAUUGACUUUGUGCUCGUAGAAAUGAGCUCGGGUUCAGGGGAAAGAGGGGACCCGCAUUCGUGGUGUCUUGAACGUCUGCUGGAUGCUGUUUACGACUUCGGGCCAGCUGAGAAAAAGAAACCCAAGAAGAAGAAGAAACGAAAAAGGUGUGAAGAAGAAGAGGAGGAGGAGUUAACAGGAUUGCAGGAGAAUUUAAAUAAGUGCACAGAAAUUGGAGCAGAAGAUGGACAGAAACACAAAAUGAAUGAACCAGGUCCAAACGUCCAGCAGGAGAAGCAGGUGGAGGUGGUGACCUUCCAGGACCCAACGAAGAAACGGAAGAGCCGUCAGGCUCUCGCUCAGGGAAAACCAGCACUUCAGGCUCCUCAGGUCGUAGAGAAGAGAGAAUCGUCACCCGUGGAGCUCAGCUUGGAAAAGGCUCGCCUGGAGGUCCACCGCUUCGGAAUCACGGGCUACAAGAAGGAGCAGCAGCGGGUUUUCGAGCAGGACCGGGCGGUGAUGCUGGGAGCCAAGCCUCCAAAGAGGGAAUACGUGAACUACAAAACCCUGCAGCAGCAAAUCCAGGAGAAGAAGCAGAAGGCAAAGGAGGAGCCUCAGCCGGACACCAAGAAAAAGAAAAAGCUAAGUCAAAGAGAUAACAAGAAGAAGAAAAAAGGAGCCGCUGGUUCUGCUGCUUCAGCAUCGGGUCAGGUCGGCCGCUUCAAGAACGGCAUGUUGAUCCUGAGCUCCAAGGAGAUCCAGAAAAUCAAAGGCCGGAGAUAAAGGAAAAGAGGUUAGAGGAUUAAUCCAGUAAAACUGCAGCUGCAUUCGCACCAACAACCCGAAAUGGAACCCAAGACUUUUUCAUGUUUUUCUCCAAAUGGACCCUGAAUGCAACGCUCCACAAAAAAACAACAUUUUUAAUUUUAUCACAGUUAAUUUAUUGGCUUCAUUAUAAAUGACAAAAAAAGACAUUUUUGUUUUGACACUCGUUUUUUUCCUGCAUUCUUGAUGUACAAACCAUGUAUUUAUACAAAACUUCUACAUCAGGGGAUUGAAAUGAAUAAAGGUUUUUAUGUAAAAGACUUUAAA